AUGGCCACUGUACGGAUCUGCAUCUGCGGCGAUGAGAAUGUGGGCAAGAGCUCUCUCCUCACAUCGCUGGUCAAAGACACUUUUGUCACGGGCAGUAUUCAGACGGUGCUUCCACCCAUCACUCUUCCACCAAACAUUGGGACUCCCGAAAAUGUUACGACCACCAUCGUCGAUACCUCAGCUCUCCCGCAAGAGCGCGAUCCCCUGCGAAAAGAGCUGCGAAAAUGCAAUGUGAUCCUCCUAGUCUAUAGCGAUCAUUACAGCUACGAGCGAGUGGCGCUGUUCUGGAUGCCAUACUUUCGGUCGCUUGGGGUCAACGUGCCUGUUGUACUGUGUGCAAACAAGAGCGAUCUUACACCAACGACCAGCACUGCACAGGUUGUGGAGGAUGAGAUGCUGCCUGUUAUGGCCGAGUUCAAGGAGAUCGAUUCCUGCAUUCGCACCAGUGCUCGGGAGCAUCACAAUAUCAACGAGGUCUUUUUCCUGUGUCAAAAGGCCGUCACACAUCCGAUAGCACCGAUAUACGACGCGAAAGAGAGCAAUCUAAAGCCCGCGGCAGUCGCAGCAUUGAAAAGGGUAUUCUAUCUGUGCGAUCGGGAUCAGGACGGACUCUUGAACGACAAGGAAAUACACGACUUCCAAUUGAAGUGCUUUGACAAACCACUCUCAGAUGGCGAUCUUGCUAGCAUCAAACGCUCGCUGAGACGAUCGAGUGGGGCCGCAAUUGGAAAUGAGGAAGAGUCUCACACGGCAGAAGGGAUAGACGUAGAUGGCUUCAUUCAGUUGAACAAGAUGUUUGCGGAGAAAGGCCGACACGAGACCAUCUGGAUCAUUCUGCGAAGGUUCCAGUACGCAGAAAGUCUGUCCUUAAGAGACAAUUUCCUCCACCCAAAGUUUGACGUGCCUGCACAUGCUUCCGCCGAGCUAUCGCCAGCAGGAUAUCGCUUCUUCGUGGACCUCUUCAUUCUCCACGACAAGGAUAAUGACGGUGGGCUGAAUGAUUCAGAGCUGGCCACUCUUUUUGCCCCUACUCCAGGCAUGCCGACGUCCUGGAUAGACUGUGAUUUCCCAAGCUGCGCAGUACAUAAUGAAGCCGGAUACAUUACGCUCCAAGGAUGGCUUGCCCAAUGGAGUAUGACGACUUUCGAGAAUCCAAAGACUACACUUGAGUACCUCGCGUACUUGGGCUUCGAUGCUGAUGGGAAAGGCACUACACCUGCCCUCAAAGUCACCAAAGCUCGCAAGCGCCGAAACAAGCCUGGUCGGGUGGAGCGAAACGUCUUUCUAUGCUAUGUGUUAGGCUCAGCUCAUAGUGGCAAGUCUGCACUUCUCAACGCCUUCUUGAACAGGCCCUUCACUAGCAGCUAUCAUCCGACGAUCAAACCGCAGACAGCUGUGAACAGUGUCGAGCUUGAGGGUGGAAAGCAAUGCUACCUAAUAUUGGAAGAGCUCGGCGAGCUGGAACCCGCCAUAUUGGAGAAUCAGGCGAAGCUCGACGCCUGCGACUUGCUCUGUUAYACAUACGAUAGCAGCGACCCGGAUAGCUUCGCACACAUCAUUGAUCUGCGCAAGCGCUAUCCAAAUCUGAACGCGUUGCCUUCAGUGUACGCAGCUUUAAAAGCAGACGGAGACCGAGCUGUGCAAAGAACAGAAGUCCAGCCCGAUGUCUACUGCGAGGAGUUGAAAAUGCCCAAGCCGCUCCACGUUUCCGUGAACUGGGAGUCAAUCGGCAACUUCUUCGUCACGCUGGCAGAGUCGGCUGCGGUGCCCUCUCAAGCUUUUCCAAAAAGUGACGAAGACGCGGUUGAUCGAACGGCGUUGUAUAUUGGACUUGGGGCUUCUGCUGCUGUUGCUGUGGCGUUUGCUUGGGUCUGGAAGCGCAACAUGUUGUCGAAUUCGUAG